AAGAGACUGCGACGAAGUCAGUUUGGUUUUGUAUAUGCACGAACACACGCUCCCUACACUGGUGGCCUGUUCACCAACAGCAAGCUGACUUCACCACUGUCGGCUGAAGGGAGGCUGCACGAGACCAAAAUAAGGCUCUUCAUUGACAUAUUAAAAGAGCUCAACCAAUGAGUGAUAAAGAGGAGAGUAUGGACGCGUCAGAUAACUACGACAGUCCACCACCCGCCAAGAAGACUGGACAGACCUUGUUGCUGGACAGCGGGGAAGACUUUGAGGUUUUAGACGAAGAAGACAUUGACGACGAUGACCCCCCUCCUCUGGAAGAUGCUGGGGGCGGGAAGGGGAAACAGACUGAUCAGUCAGAACCUGAUCCUCCAGGUCAAGUUGAUGACUGGCUGGACGUGUUAGGCAAUGACCAGCUGAAGAAAAAAGUCCUGGAAGCAGGGAAAGGGCGAGACAGUCGGCCACAGAAAGGACAGAAUGUAAAGAUUGUUCUUAAAACAUACCUGAAAGACGGGACUAUUGUAGAGGAGCAAAGUGACCUCUCUUUCACUCUGGGAGAUGGUGACGUCAUCCAGGCACUGGAUUUGACGGUGCAGCUCAUGGAAAUGGGGGAGAAAGCACUCAUCCAGACUAAUGCAAAAUACGCAUAUGGUGCCCGGGGAAGUGUUGAACCUGAGGUUCCCCCAAAUGCUGAGCUAUCCUUAGAAGUGGAAUUGCUGGAUGCUACAGAUGCUCCGGACCUGGAGCUUCUGCCUCCGCUAGAAAAGAUUGCCCUGGCCAGUCAUAAGAGGGAGAGGGGCAAUGUCCAUUAUCAGCGUGGGGACUACGCUUUUGCUGUCAACUCAUACAGCAUCGCCCUGCAGAUAACAGAGUCUAGCUCUAAAGUUGACAUUAGCCCUGAGGAGGAGAAUGAGCUGAUGGACGUGAAAGUGAAAUGUCUAAACAACAUGGCUGCUUCUCAGCUGAAACUGGACCACUACGAUGCCGCACUCAAAUCUUGCGUCUCAGCACUUGCACAUCAGCCAGAAAACAUAAAAGCACUUUUCCGCAUGGGCAAGGUACUGGCCCUGCAAGGUGAAUACACAGAAGCCAUUAAAACCUUGAGGAAAGCACUGAAGCUGGAACCAAGCAACAAGACAAUCCACGCAGAGCUUUCCAAGCUGGUGAAGAAGCACUCAGAGCAGAGGGGUGCAGAGCAGGCCAUGUAUAAGAAGAUGCUGGGUAACCCCUCCAGCAGUAGUGGCACGCAGAAACACCGGGCCAAGGCUUCAUGGGGUCUCAGCUGGAAGUGGCUGUUUGGUGCCACUGCAGUAGCCAUCGGCGGUGUAGCUUUAUCCGUUGUCAUAGCUGCUAGAAACUGAAGCCAGCCUGUAGUGAUGGCCUGACCACUACCAUGCAAUGGGAGAGCCUAAACAUUUGGUCAAAGAGGAUUGAAAUAUCAGUUGGUCAGUUGCCUCUUCACUGUGGCUCUCUUUUCUCUGCUAUGUUUGAGAACUCUAUGUGACAAAUAAUAAAUCAUCAAUUACUGCAAAUGAGAAAUGCAUUUCCAAACCUGCAAAUGUGUAGGUUUAUGCAUAUCUAUCACAUCACCCAACGCAUUUCUUUUGAUGCCAUUGUUCUUUGUCUUUGGUAGUUGGUGAGAACUGAUUAUUGGAGCUUUGAAAUGAAAAAUGAUUGAAAAUAGAUUCAUAUAGGAGCAGCUCAGAAGUAUUUUUUCUUAUUUAAAAAUAGCUAUUGUGAUACGGUCCUAUGAUUGCCCUGUAGUUUUAAUGUCUCAGGUUGCUCAGUUAAAUUAAUAUAAAUUAUCUCUGAGACGUAAUUUCACUUUGAGACGGCUAGUUAACCUGGUGUGUCCGUUCCCUUUCGCUCUUUGUAUAGACACAGGUACACUACACGACAUGAGUGAUCAGAGGUACAAACUCUCGUUUAAAGUGUUGCAAUGAAACUAUCCUAGAUUUUCUACCUAAUUUAUAAUGUUCACCUUUUCUUCUGUAUGUAUAAUGUCCAUUCCAACACACAUAUGCUGAAGUUUGUUUAAAGACUGCCAUUGUGUCCAUGUAUGGAGGAUAAAAUGUGUAAGAAACACCUCAUAACAUAUUAGAGAAUCUGCAGUACUCGGACACUGUCAACACAAACAAACUAUGGUAGUGUACAGUAAGAUUAUAUGGUACAACUGUUGAGUUGGGCUACAGUUUAAAGAUGAAGGACGUUUUCAUUUAUGGUCACGAUACAUGCACACUUUAAAUCAUUAGCUGAUGCAGAUAUUCUGUUCUUUCUUUUGAGAUGCAGUUAUUACCUUAUCACCAGGGCAGAAAACGGUACCUGGACUGGUGGGUAGGAAAUGAGAGUUUAUUUUAGCAAAUCAUACCUCAAUUUCUGAUGAUGACCAAAUGUUGAAGGGCGAACCUUAAAACUACAACGUUGGAUGUGUUUUUUGUUUCUUUGCCAGUGAAGUUUCCUUUAAAUUGUGUUACUUUAGAUGUUUAUUUAUUGGCCCUGUUCUUGAUCUUCACUUUCUUACACCGCAUACCAUAAAUGUGACUGCACCAAAUCUGUGGCUUUUUCAGUGUAGUUGCAUAAAGAUUUGCUGACAAACAAAGUGAUCAGAAAACAUUCCUUGCAUUCACCGUAUUUGUUAAUUUUGUAUUCAUCCCAAUAAAAUAAGCCUCUUAUCAAACCCA